UUUACUUUCUUUCACUCACCGGAAAAGGAUGUGCAAUGGGCGUGGCUUAAUGUAUUCUCUAAUCUCCAGCGCGCCGUACAUAACGCAUGAUUUGAAAAGUACCCUGUAGACUGGCAGUUGGUCGAUCCUUGUUUAUAGCGAUCAGCGCAAACGUACAACAACAAACACUCAGAGCCAAUCAACACGCGUAGUCUUCAAUCCAGUCUAGGCUUUAGCCAACGCGCUGGUCGAAGUUGAAUUUGUUUGUGAAUAUCGACAGGAUCCAUGUCAGCCGAUUCAUUAUGGCUGAUGCGCAGAGAAACACGAGGAGCUCCAGUGUAACAGAUUUGAAGAAUGAAGGAGGGUAUGAAAUCUCCAUCCCCUUUGAAAAUAGCAACCCGGACGAGUCUGGCUUCUAUAAUCAAAAUGAUCAGGCUUUCGAUGCGGAGUCUGCCUCGGGUCAGGUUCCUCCUUGCAGUCCGUACUUUUUGAUCUCCAGUCUCCGAGCCCAGCUGCAGAUUUCUCUGGAAAAGAACUCCUGGCUCCAGAAGCGCAUCGAAGACCUGGAGGAGGAGAGGGACUUUCUCCGCUGCCAACUCGACAGAUUCAUUUUCACCUCCAAGAGUCAGGAGAGGAACGAACCUCAAGUGGACUCUAUGCAAAAGCCCACCAAUCAGAAACCCCUCACCCGAAAGGCGUCCACUCCUUCUCCAACACCUAUGACGACCCGCUCUGGGCAAAUUCUAACACGCAAUCAGAAGCGUAGUAGAAAAAGCAGCACACAAGAUGAAGAUGAGGAGGAGGAGGAGGAGGAGGUGAUUGAGGAGGAGUAUAUUGAGGAGGAAGGCUACGUAGAAGAGGAGCAGAUUGUUACAGAUGAAGAUGGCGAUGAUUCAGACAGUAAAAGUUCACGGAAGAGCCGUUCAAGCAGGAUGAAUGGCCAGACAAGGAUGAAAAGACGGCGUGUUUUCCGUAUUGCUCGAGGCAUGGAGAGACAGAGAGUUAAAGACCCUGCAGGAGUUCUGCUUCGCUACAAGAAGAUCCUUGUGACUUAUCAGAAGUUGAAGAGCAUGUCUAGAGCAUUCCAGGUUCAUGGUGUUGACCGUAACACCGUGGCCUCUUCUACACCUAUCGCUGAGCUGCUACUGGUUGCCCCUGAGAAGGUAGCAGAGGUUGGCGAGUUUGAUUCCUCCAAGGAGAAGCUUCUGGAUUAUGCGAGGCGCUGCUAUAAAGCUCUCGACGAAGCUGCUCAUGCUAAGGUGCAGGCCUUGAAGAAGAACAACCUCUUGCUGCCCAUUUCAUACAGGUUCAGGCACUGAAUUUCAAAAAAUGGAUUCCUCUAUUUGUGGUGGGCGGAGCCAGUAGUAUUGAGGUAGUGGUUUGGAUUCUUCAAGGUCCAUCCAAGCAACAUUAUGGACAUUUUUUCUCUCUCUCUACCUCAAUUGUAGAGCUACUCAUAAUUUGGAGUGGAAAAGUGUUCAUCUUUUCUUUUUUCUUUUUUUUGCUGUUUUUGAUUAUAGUAAUUCUCCAGAUCAAGUGAUUUAAGAUAUAUUUCUCCUAUAACUGUAAAUGGAGUGCCUGAGAAUUCAGUCCUGGUGUAUCAUGUUUCUCAGCUUGAUUGGAGGUAUGCCAUAAUGUGUGGGUUCAAAAGAAUUGCAUGUUGACCAUAACAAAACUUGGUAAAAUGUUGUAAAAAUUUCUGAAGGUCAGAGAGAGGCAAUUAAAUAUAUAAAGGGAGAUAGGGGCUGAGUGAAUCCAGGAAUCUGUGAGAUGUUUGGUCAGUCACUGUAUUAAAAAAGUUACCUGUCCUUUAUUUUUGUAUUUUUUGUAUAUCCUUAAGUUUGUUACUGCCUCCUAAUCACUGCCUAAUCACAUUAUUAUUAUUAGUUGAUGAAAUCAUAUUAAUUUUUCUUGUUUGCGUUAUUAGGUUGGGAAUCAUUUGAGCUAGCUUACCUCUCUUAUUGAAGACAUAAACCAGAAUAAAGAUUCUCCAGGGGUCAAAUCAAUUUCUCAGCUUGCUAUUAUUUAAACGAAAGAAUGGCAAAGAAAACUUUGUCUUCCUAAAUCAUUUUCAGUUUUCAAAUCUUUAUCAUCUGUGUUGGAUGUUGGUAACUGUAAUAAGUUUUUAAUGAAAAGAAAAGGGGCUAAAAAGAAGCACCUGCUGCAGUUCUCUUCCAUGCAAAACUUUGUGUAGGGAAACCCAAAGACCAAAGCAUAGAAACUAUAACAUAAUCCUCAGGGAUGAGGUAAAAUAUUUAUCGACCAAUCAUUUCAAUUUCUGGGCUUCCAGUGUAUUGCUGCCUUAUUACAUGACUGUAGUCCUCAUACACCUCAUAUACUACUGAAGUCGGUGAUCUUGUUGAGUUCCUCAAAUUAAACCUAUUUAAAAUGAACAUAUCCCACCCUUUUCCAGUAAUAUUGGUAUUUCUACAGCACAGAUUUGUGCUCUAUUUGACAAAUUAUAUUGAUAUCAGAGGCACUGUUUACUUUUUGUGUCAUUUUGUACAAAUUGGGUACCAGUUCUUGCGACUACUCAACGCAAACCUCAAAUGUCUGAGAUAUGCUUUCUGAGAUGUGUUUGAUCUAAAAUAUUAUUUAUGAUAUAUAAGAGUGCCUUGUACAACAUCAAAACUCUCAAUAUCUCUGUUUCCAAUAGUUUUUUCUUUCUUUCAUAUACCUCGUAGUAUAAAGGUUUAAGAGAUAAUAUUUUGCUAAAGUAGUGUUUAUAUAUUGCAGCAUCAGUUUGAUGGCUUGGUUGUAAAGCAGCAGUUUUGAUGUAGUUUUUUUUGUUUCUUUUGUAAUUAUGAAUUCCUACUGUUUUGUUUUUUAUUUUGUAUUAUCCUGUGACUGUGUACAUUUCCUAAUUGUAUC